GCGGGCGGUGCUGGAGGAGGAGGCCGAGGGCCGGACUGGGGGGAGAUCGCCGAGCCGUACCAGUGUCGGUCAUGGCCGGAUCGCGGCCUCCCGGGCUCGCCUUGUUGGUGAUCGGCUUGUCAGUGUUGUUGGGGACGUGCUGUGGAAGUUCAAGCACAGUCCUGCCUGAGACACUGCUUUUUAUAUCAACAUUGGAUGGAAACUUGCAUGCUGUCAGCAAACAGACAGGCUCAAUCAAAUGGACCUUGAAAGAAGAUCCUGUGCUUCAAGUGCCCAUGCAUCUAACGGAACCAGCAUUUCUACCUGAUCCUAAUGAUGGCAGUCUAUACACGCUGGGAGACAAAAACAAUGAAGGACUUACUAAACUUCCUUUCACAAUUCCUGAAUUGGUGCAGGCAUCACCUUGUCGAAGUUCUGAUGGUAUACUGUACAUGGGUAAGAAGCAGGAUAUCUGGUAUGUUGUGGACCCAAUGACAGGUGUAAAGCAGCAGACGUUAACAGCUUCAUUUGCAGAAAGCAUGUGUCCGUCCACACCCCUCCUAUACCUUGGACGCACAGAAUACACAAUUACUAUGUAUGACACCAAGAACCGGGAGCUGCGAUGGAAUGCCACCUACUUUGAUUACUCUGCCACCUUACCCGAUGAGGACACUGAAUACAAAAUGCUCCACUUUGUGUCGAAUGGAGAUGGGCUGGUUGUGACAGUAGAUAAUGAAUCAGGUGACAUUCUGUGGAUUCAGAAUUAUGCAUCACCGGUGGUGGCAAUGUACAUCUGGCAGCGGGAAGGACUGAGGAAAGUGAUGCACACAAAUGUGGGCAUUGAAACACUCCGCUACCUCACAUUUAUGUCUGGAGAGGUGGGUCGGAUCACUAAGUGGAAAUAUCCUUUCCCAAAAGAGGCAGAGACCAAACAAAAGCUAAUGCCAACUUUGUACGUUGGAAAGUAUUCGACCAGUUUGUAUGCCUCAUCAUCCCUAGUGCAUGAAGGAGUGGCUGUUGUGCCAAGAGGUAGUGCAUUCCCAUUACUUGAAGGUCCCAAAACCGAACGUAUUACCAUCUCUGAUCGUGGCGAGUGUGACACCACCCCCAGUAUUGAUGUUAAGUUCACACCAGGAGUUUCGAAGACAAUUGAUUACCUGAGAAAUCAGUGGUUUCUGAUCGGGCACCAUGAAAUGCCACUAGCAGCCCAAACCAAGAUCCUUAAUGAUUUUCCUGAGAAUGUGCAGAAAAUUCCAGACGAUGUAAUUGCUACUAGCCCUCAGAAUGAAAUAUUUGAAGAUCAUUUCCCAAACAUCGAUGAAGUUGCUGAAGAUUUUGAUAUUCUUAACGACCUAAAAGAAAAAUACAGCAAAUCGCAACCCAAGCUCGAAGCUCCUGUGGAUUCUGUCUUGAAAGACAUGGCUACAAUUGUCUUCAGCACCUUUCUGCUGGCAGGCUGGGUUGCUUUUGUUAUCACCUAUCCUAAGACAGUACAGCAGCAGCAACAGUUGCAACAUCAACAGUUUCAAAAGCACUUGGAGGAAAGGCUGGAACUAAUGCAGAAACGGCAGCUUAUUUUCCGACCCCCUCUUCUGGGUCCAGAAUCGGACUUAUUGGAAACAUCCAGAUUGCGAACCGAGAGUUCAAGCACCAACACACCAAGUGCAUCUCCACGAGUAUCAAACCAUUCACUGUACUCUAAUCAUUCCAUCUCUGAGUUUGGCAGCUCAGCGACAGAACAAGAAGAUGGAGAUGAUGAUUCUGACAUUGUGAGAGUUGGAAAAAUUUUGUUUCAUCCAAAAGAUGUACUGGGACAUGGUGCUGAAGGAACUAUUGUGUUCAAGGGCAGAUUUGAUGAUCGAUAUGUUGCAGUGAAAAGGAUUUUGCCGGAAUGCUUCAGUUUUGCCGACCGUGAGGUUCAGCUGCUUCGUGAAUCUGAUGAGCACCCAAAUGUAAUCCGAUAUUUCUGCACAGAGAAGGACCGUCAGUUCCAGUACAUAGCCACUGAGCUCUGUGCAGCUACGCUGCAGGAGUAUGUUGAACAAAAGGACUUUGACCGCCAUGGUCUGGAGCCUAUUCCUCUACUUCAGCAAACCACAUCUGGCCUGGCAUAUCUGCACUCACUGAAUAUUGUUCACAGAGACCUGAAACCACACAACAUCUUAAUCUCAAUGCCUAACGCCCAUGGGAGAGUGAAAGCCAUGAUCUCCGACUUUGGUCUUUGCAAGAAGCUAGCAGUGGGCAGACACAGCUUCAGCCGCAGAUCUGGAGUGCCUGGCACAGAAGGCUGGAUUGCACCAGAAGUGCUAAAUGAAGAUUGCAAGGCAAAUCCGACAUGUGCAGUGGAUAUUUUCUCUGCUGGUUGUUUGUUCUACUACGUGAUUUCAGAAGGCAAUCACCCAUAUGGAAAGGCUCUGCAGCGACAAGCCAAUAUUUUAUUGGGUGUCAGUAACCUUCAACAUUUAAAGUGUGAUAUACAUGUGGAUAUUAUUGCUCACGACUUAAUUAAGGAAAUGAUAAACAUGGACCCACAGAAACGUCCGUCUGCAAAGUGUGUGCUGAAAAAUCCUUUCUUUUGGAGUCUUGAAAAACAGCUUCAGUUUUUCCAGGAUGUCAGUGAUCGAAUAGAAAAGGAGCCUCUGGAUGGACCAAUAGUACGAGAACUGGAGAGAGGUGGACGAAGUGUUGUUCAAGGUGACUGGAAAGAGCACAUCACUGUACCUCUGCAGACAGAUCUUAGAAAAUUCCGAUCUUAUAAAGGGAGCUCAGUGCGAGAUCUCCUGCGAGCAAUGCGGAAUAAGAAACACCACUAUAGGGAACUGCCAGAGGAAGUGCAAGAAACUUUGGGCUCAGUCCCAGAUGAAUUUGUUUGUUAUUUUACCUUCCGUUUCCCUCAUCUAUUACUCCACACAUAUUAUGCCAUGCAAAUCUGCAGCCAGGAAAGACUAUUUCAUCCAUACUACUACCAGGAGGCUGCAGAACCGAACCAGUUAGUCCUCUCAGUAACCGACAGCUUUAUAUAAUCCAAAGGCAAAAACUAUAAAAUGAAAAUUGUUUAUUUUUAAAAUGCAUUCCAGCCAUUGGCCUUUUUAGCACUCAAGUACUAAAAUACUAUGUUUUGGUGACAGACAUUUACUGAUUGAAGAAGUUACCAAACUAUUAAGUGCCUUUAUAAAAGCUGUAUAUGGCCUGCAGGAUAUUCCAAGGCAAGCUGGUUCUCCAGUUUAAGGACCUGCAGUUUUAUUGCCACUGCUACAUUUUUAAUGCAAGAAAAUAUUUUCCUUGCAGGAAAUUGAUUCUUGUCUCACUUUUUUUAAAAAAAACUGUGAUUCUCCUUCUGCACUGCUGUGGGCUGUUGCAUGUUUCACUAUUUCAUGUGUCAGGGACCAACGUUCGAGGAUAUAAAGCACCUGUAACUCAAAAAUUCCAAGGAAGGCAUUUAUUCACAGAUGCUGGUCAAGCUCUGGGUUUUGCAAGGCCUUUUGCUUGCAUUUGGCUAGAUCAUGCCAAGACCGUUCGAUUCAUGUUAUACAUAUUGGAGCACCGACAACACCAAUCUGUGGAAUAGUUUGUCCGGAAAACUAAUCAGUCCUGUCAGGAGAGUACGAUGGCUCACUGUGUUCUUGGUUUAUGGCACUGACACAAUCAUUGGGCAAAAUGCAAUGGAUUCUGUUCUGAAAGCAAGGAAGGUGGAGAAUGAUUGACAGUUUAUCAGUGGGAAAGUGGUUAGCCACACACAGCAAAACGCCUUGUUGAAAGCUAUGCUUUCAGGUUUGGGGCAUUUCUGGUAUUUGUAGCUUUAUGCCAUUGUUCUGUGUUUGCAAUAUUUUGUUUUUGAUCUUGGAAGUCCAAAUACUGAGCAGGAGUGAUCAGAUUAUUGCAUUACAGAUUAAUCAGUUGAAUUUAUAGAGUUUCAUUCACACACUAACUGAACACAGUUUCCAACAGCUCACUCAUUUAGUUAUAACAUAAUGUGCUGAAGCUUGAUUGUCUGAAUUACUUUAUUUGCCCAUUACAACAGAGGGCAGAUGGAUUUUGUGCUGUUUUGUUACGGAAAUAGUAAGGUGAGUGCAGACACCAUGUCUUGUCGACAUUGCAUUUCCUGCCCACCUUGAGUGAGAAAUCACUGUCUUCACAGAUGAAAUUUGUCUCCUGUUAAAUGAUGUCUCCUCUUUUAUGUUUUCUGAUUCUAUCCCUACUACCUCUCCACUCCCACCUAGAUCACGUGAUCUCCAAUACCAUCAAUCUGGGUGGUGGGUAAGAACCUAGCCAAGUGUUGUACACUUGGCAAAGUUGGGGGCGGCAGGGUGUGUAUGCGAUGGCUAAGUACUUGGGUUCUGCUUAGUAUGGUUUCCCGACAGCAGGACUGUGAUCACAGAUUCCUGUAUUUUCAUGGCAUUUGCUACAAGAGCGCUGAUAUGACAUGAAAUGUUGCAUUUAAUUUAAUCAGUUUACCAAAAAAAUGUACUUGUGGUAGAAGCUCAGUAUUUGGUACUUGCAAGAAAAAUCAUUAUCUCACAAAACAAUGCAGCCCAUGUCAAUUGUCAAAAUAAUUUUUUUAAAAUGUGCUGAUAAUUAAAUUUUAGUAACUUAUUUAUUUAUUGGGGGGGGGGAUUUACCUUUAUAUCUGGUAGUUAAUAGUUUUGAUGUUUAAUGUACAUUUGAAACUGUUUCUGUAUCCAUCUUCAGUUUGAGGUGAUAUGUGUAUAUCUGAGAGGUGGGAUGAGGUGGCUGUUUUUGGAGAGUGUUAACUUUGUAUUGGUUCUGAAAGAAGAGUGGCAAAAAUAAGUUCAGUGUCUUCAUUUACAAAAAAAAGUUUCAAAUUGUGAUUAUAUAUGUUCCUUUUUAUUUUGACAUUUGCACUAAAAGAUUUGAUCUGCCGUCCAGGUUACCCAGAAGCUGGUUUAACCAGUUGAUAUAAUUCCAUAAUACCUUGUUGAGUUUUAUGAUUAUACAUGCAUCUUGUUUGUGCUUGAUUUUUGUUUUAAAAUCUUGAAGAGUUAUGAUUUUAAAAUCGAAAGUGCACUUUUUGAGAUCUAUUUCACUUUACAAAGUAAGUCCCAAAGAUAUUGCUGCAUUUCCCCAUUUGCUAUUCCAAGUAUAAUUUCUACUAAUGAUCAGUUGCAGUGCUCCCACCAACAUUGUCAGUUCCAGUCUUUAACCACAGUGAGUUAUUUUAAGGAUGCAAAACACUUCAAGGCUGGGAUUGAUAACGAAGGACAUCAACUAAUUUGGUGAAUGGAGUUGAGGUACAGAGCAACCAUAAUUAAUUGAAUGGUAGAAUAUACCUGAGGGGGAAGAACAUCCUCCUCCUGUUACAAUGAUAGACAAAGGAAGUGAGCUAACUCCUUCCAGCCUCUCGAUCCACAACCAGCUUGCGACCCAGUGCCCACCUGCAGUUGCACAGCAUCAGUCCACCACAUUGGUUGAUUGACUUCUGUAUACAUUAAAUCAUUUUCUACUUGAAAAGUAAUCUGGUUAGUUCCAUUUUUAACUGCAAGUAUAAUUGAAACAGAAUAUUCUUGAUUCCCAGUGCGGAGAAGUCUGUUAUUUACAAGUAUCCUAAUGGUGGUAAUAUGGCAUUAGUGGUUAGCAUUCUAACUUUUUCUGUCUCACAAAUGAUAAUUUUGUCCAAUCUAAAUGCUUUUAAUACUUUGUCUAAGGUUCCUGUGAUUUCAGCAGAAAUAAAAUAGAAUUGGGAAUUUCCUAUGAUAUCACCUGUAUUGAAACACAAGUUUUACUGGAUAUCUUUUACAGUGUAAUUUAAUCAAUCCCUAGGUAUAAUUGAUUGUUGUUCAUUGGAAAUUUUGUUGGGGUCUGUCAGGUAACGAAUCUUUUCAAACAGACAGUUCAGCAGCAAUAAGAGAACUAUGAUGUUUAGGUCACACUUUUAAAUGAUAGGUUUGCUUACUGCCAGAGCUGAAACAUUUGCCAAUAACCUGUUAAAUCAGUCUUAACUAAUUCCCUGGUAUAUUGGUUACACUGUAAUGUCUGCCAGUAAUGUACAAAACCUCUAUAAAGACUGCCCCCAUCUGGGGAGAUAUAAUAGACAUAACUGUGAAAUUGUGCACCUACAGUAAUAAAGUACAUGUUUCGUCUUGGACAAAAGAAACUUGAAAUGCAUUUUGAAAAGCAUUAUUGAUUAUUUGGGAUGUGUGCAAGGAAUAAGGACUGCAGGACAGUGCUCUUUCUGAGACUGUUUAUGCAAUACAUAUUUUGAGUUUGGUAGGUUGCAAUGGUAAAUCAUGCUUUAACAAACUGGGGAUGUAAUUUUUUAUUGAUAGCCCUCUGGGUUAAAGCAAUAAAAUAUUUUAAAAAUA